AGUCCUAAUCACGGGCUCGAGUUCAGGCAUCGGCGCCGCCACUGCCCUACUGUUUGCCGAAGCGGUGCCCGAGUAGUGGUCAGUGGUCUCAAUGGGGACGACAUCUCAAGCGUAGCGCACGAGUGCUCACAGGUGUCGCCCAUGGCUUACAAACCGCUGGAAGUCGUGACAGACUUCCGCAUAGAGGGAGACAUUGAACGACUGGUCGACACCACUGUCCACACGUUCGGACGGUUAGACAUUUUGGUCAAUAAUGCCGGUGUUUUUGACAUGACUGACAUAACAGACCCGGGUUACAUCACAAAUUAUAACAAGGUAAUUGAUGUAAACCUCUAUUCUGUGGUACUAUUGACACAAUUAUCGGUCAAACAUUUGGCGCAAACUAAUGGCAAUAUAAUUAACAUAUCGAGUGUAGAGGGCGUGCAGUGCGUGAGUACAGGACUUAUAGUCAUAAAUCGUUCGGCAUAUUGUAUGUCAAAAUCAGCAGUAAUUAUGUUCACUAAGUGUAUGGCCGUUGAGUUGGGAGGGAAAGGCAUUCGGCUGCCACCCGUCCUCCAAUUGGAGGAUUGUCCUCCAAUCGGCCCCUCAAAACACAGUCCUCCCGAGGGUCUCAGGAGGACAAUUCCCGGGUCGGUGCGCACCCGUAUGGCACAGAAUAGCGGUAUUAGCGAUGAAGUACUCCGUAAGACAUUCGGUACACUAAUCAGUAAAUACCCGGUCGGCCGGUGCGGUGAAGGGACAGACAUUGCAAACGCUGUGGCCUUUCUAGCCAGUGACCAUGCUAGUUUUGUGACCGGUAGUAAUCUGGUGGUUGAUGGUGGACAUUUGGCUGCUGGACUA